CCGACCAACAUAUGAUCGCAGCCAUAUGCCUGCCAUUUUACUAUCAGUAAUGCAUUUGACGUCUUAUAAGUGACACGUACUUCAUAAAUCAAAAAAAAAAUAAAAGAUGGGAAAAUGUGUUGUAAAAGAAUGCAGUUCUCGAUCUCAAAGUCAUAACAAAGCAAGUGGUGUCACAUUUCACAUAAUCCCAAAAGACCCAGACCGUCAAGAGAAGUGGAUAAAAAACAUUCGCUUACUAAGAAAGGAAACGGACUGGUUACCGACGAAAUCGACAAUUAUUUGCUCACAUCAUUUCAAGGAAGACGACAAAAUAUUUCCUACGAGUGAUAAGGGCCGUGUUUAUCUCACAGAUGAUGCUGUUCCCGUGUAUGAAGACUACAACUAUGAGAGGUACUCUCCAAUUGACACAAAUAAAGCGAAUUUAUGUGAAAAUAUAGAAACAGAUGACGAAAUAGAAGAAUUGACCGAAUCUCUCAAACUACAGAACAUGAGGACGAAAAUAGAACGAUUACAAACAGUAUCUAGAAGGAGGCUUAAGAAGAUAAAGUGCUUAGAACAAAGAAUUAGGAGGUUGACAGCAAGAAAUAAAUAUUUAAAGGAUGUUAUCAUGGAAAUGAGAAAAAAUAUAUAUAAUGUUAAAAUGAAACCAAAGAAAAGACGGUGUAUAAGAAAUAGUAAAAGUUCUUCAACAGAAGUAAAAAGAGAAUACAAAGAAGAAGAGUGUGAGUAAGUGUAAUUCCUAA